AUGUCGGUCGCGCAAAUUACGGACGAGGAGAAAGAGGACCUCCUCCUUUCCUGCCGCUACGGGGACCUCGACGACGUCAAGGAGUUCGUAAACAAGUAUGGCCAGGCACCGCUGGCUGAAGUGCGCGAUGAGAACGGGAACACCGUCCUGCACAUGGCGAGCGGGAACGGGCACAUAGAGCUGCUCGAAUAUCUUCUACCACUCGUUCCCCCAUCUCUACUCUCGGCGCAGAACGAGUCCAAAUCGACGGCGCUGCACUGGGCGUGCGUGAACGCGCACCUCCCGGUCGUGCAGAAGCUCGUGCAGUUCCCCGGCGGGCCUGGCGUGGACCUGAUAGACAUCAAGAACGCCGCGGGGCGAUCGCCGCUGGCGGAGGCGGAGAUGGCGGGGUGGGACGAGGGCGCGAAGUGGCUGGUGCAGGUCAUGAACCUUGAGGAGUCCGGCGCGAAAGAGGUGGACGAAGAGGUGGCCGCGGGAGCGAGUACCCAGGAUGUCGAGGUGGAGAUUCAAGAUGCGGACGGCCAGAUUGCGCGGAUGAGCCUUGGGCGCUCAGAUCAGGCUCCCUCUCCGGACAAGCCGGCCUCGUCACAGCCAUAGCUUGAUGAUCUAGGUAUCGAAUUGACCAAUUUUCCGCGUUCGACAGCACCGCCUACGUCGCGUCGAGGCGUGUAGCAGGCGGCCACUGCAGAUGGGUAAAAAAAUUGCUGAGGCGGCUGGGCUUACACUCUUCCAUAUAUCGUGACCAUGUUCUAUGUCCAGUACUUACUGCCGGCCGUCUAUGCCACACCACUGUCAUAGACGUGGUUCUUCU